AUGUCGGUUUCUGUGGAUGUUCCUGGACAUGGCAAUUUCGAUAUCGCACUGACUUCUUCGAGCACCGCUGCUGACAUGAUUUUUCUUUUACGCGAGCGUUUGCCAGACAGUCCAUGGCAUGGGAACAAGGUGCUGUCAAGUGGGGUCUGCCAGCUACAGUGCGAUGACAUUGUGGAGGCAACCCGCCACAGCACUUUAGUCUUGACAAACUACUCAGAGAUCACCAACCAGGAGGCUUUCUGCAUCGAAGAUACUGCAGAGCGAGGGAUCACGCGCGAGCAAUUGGCGAAGAUCGUUGCUUUCAUCUCCAAAAUGGCUGACAGAUGGUGCGAGACUUUCGGAGAACAGUGUGGGACAAGGCUGCAGUUUGAGACCUUCAACUUGUAUCAUGCGAAUCACUGGAUCAUCAAACCAGCCACCGAAGACGGCUAUGCGAAAAAGGGCUGCAGCAUGGUAGAGCUCAUGGCGAUUCAAGUUCAGAGACCUCAUUGGUUUGUGUCACAUGCUUGGAUCGACGUAAUGAUAGAUGAAAGUCAAUGUAUUGCUUUGAAGCACGUCCAAUUUUGUGUUGGGCAGAUCUGUGAGGAGCCUGUUUGUAAGUUUCUGGCCUGCUUGGAGCAGCAUGCUCUGGUGCGAGAACUCUCAAGCAGUACAUUCUAUUGGGUCUGUGCAUAUGCCAAUAACCAGCACUGCGUGGAAGAGGAUAUCAAAAGCAACCCACGCAGCACUUCAUUCUACAGAGCUAUGCAGAUGUCUGAGGGAGUUCUUUUGGUGCUGGAUUCAGCUGGAACGCCUUUCGAUCAUAGCUACUUCCUGUGA